CCCAGGCAGGAGACGUCACGCCUCAGGUCCUCAAGUCCUUCUGCAGAAAGGCCAGCGGAUCUCAGUCUUGCAGCCGGGCUCUUUGUGCCUGCGGGAGGCCAUCUGGACAGAAGCCCCGGGCGUGGGCCGCCGCCUCCCAGGUCGCCCCCGCCUCCCAGUCGCCCUCCAGCGCCCCCUCCCCGGCGCUGCGGCUGCCGCUCCCAGCGCCCCGCCCGCCGCUGCUGCUCGGCCGGCGAGUCGCCAUUGGAGUAAAAAUAGCGGCCCUGCCCGCCCCCGGCCCCGGCCCUGCCCGCCCCCGGCCCCGGCCCGGCCCGCGCGCUCUUGCUCCACCCGCCGGCGCCCGCAGCCCCGCGAAGCCCCGCUCGGCCCCAUGCAGCGCCGGGGCGCCCUGCUCGGCGUGCCGGGCGGCGGCAGGAAGAUGGCUGCGGGGGACGUGGGCGAGCUGCUGGUGCCCCACAUGCCCACCAUCCGCGUGCCCCGCUCCGGGGACCGGGUCUACAAGAGCGAGUGCGCCUUCUCCUACGACUCCCCGAGUUCUGAAGGUGGACUCUAUGUAUGCAUGAAUACAUUUUUGGCCUUUGGAAGGGAGCAUGUUGAAAGACAUUUCCGAAAAACUGGACAGAGUGUAUACAUGCACCUGAAAAGACACGUGCGAGAGGUGAGACAUCGGCUUUCUGGAGAACUUGUCUCGAAGGUAAGAGGGGCAUCUGGUGGAGCUUUACCCAAAAGGAGGAAUUCCAAGAUAUUUUUAGAUCUAGAUACUGAUGACGAUUUAAAUAGCGACAACUAUGAAUAUGAAGAUGAAGCCAAACUGGUCAUAUUCCCCGACCACUAUGAAAUAGCACUGCCCAAUAUUGAGGAGUUGCCAGCCCUGGUAACAAUUGCUUGUGAUGCCGUUCUCAACUCAAAGUCUCCAUACAGAAAGCCGGACCCAGACACAUGGGAACGUGAGCUGCCAGUUUCCAAAUAUGCCAAUAAUCUCACACAGUUGGACAACGGGGUCCGGAUUCCUCCAAGUGGUUGGAAGUGUGCCCGGUGUGACUUGAGGGAAAACCUCUGGCUGAAUCUGACCGACGGCUCAGUGCUGUGUGGGAAGUGGUUCUUCGACAGCUCUGGGGGCAACGGGCAUGCGCUGGAACACUACCGGGACAUGGGCUACCCGCUGGCUGUGAAGCUGGGCACCAUCACUCCUGAUGGGGCAGAUGUUUAUUCUUUUCAAGAAGAGGAGCCUGUUUUGGAUCCGCAUUUGGCCAAGCACUUAGUGCAUUUUGGAAUUGAUAUGCUUCAUAUGCACGGGACAGAGAAUGGACUCCGGGACAAUGACAUCAAGCCAAGGGUCAGCGAAUGGGAGGUGAUCCAGGAGACAGGGACGAAGCUGAAGCCCAUGUAUGGCCCCGGUUACACUGGGCUCAAGAACCUGGGCAACAGCUGCUACCUGAGCUCCGUCAUGCAGGCCAUUUUCAGCAUCCCCGAGUUCCAGCGAGCGUAUGUAGGAAAUCUUCCAAGAAUAUUUGACCACUCUCCGUUAGAUCCAACACAAGAUUUCAACACACAGAUGACUAAACUUGGCCACGGCCUUCUCUCAGGCCAGUAUUCAAAACCUCCAGUGAAAUCUGAGCUCAUUGAACAGGUGAUGAAGGAGGAACACAAGCCUCAACAGAAUGGGAUCUCUCCACGCAUGUUUAAGGCCUUUGUCAGUAAGAGCCACCCGGAGUUCUCCUCCAACAGACAGCAGGAUGCCCAGGAGUUUUUCCUGCACCUGGUGAAUCUGGUAGAGAGGAACCGCAUCGGCUCAGAAAACCCAAGCGAUGUGUUUCGCUUCCUGGUGGAAGAACGGACUCAGUGCUGUCAGACCCGAAAAGUGCGCUAUACAGAGAGGGUGGACUACCUGAUGCAGCUGCCAGUGGCCAUGGAGGCAGCCACCAACAAGGAUGAACUGAUUGCCUAUGAGCUAACGCGGAGGGAAGCGGAAGCCAACAGGAGACCCCUGCCUGAGCUGGUUCGAGCCAGGAUACCGUUCAGUGCCUGCCUUCAGGCCUUUUCAGAACCAGAAAAUGUUGAUGAUUUCUGGAGCAGUGCUCUGCAGGCAAAGUCAGCAGGCGUGAAAGGAAAGAAAAAAAAAAGAAAGAAAAAGCAACUUGGAGGGGUGACAUCAUGCAGAACAUCUCGUUUUGCCUCCUUCCCUGAAUACUUGGUCGUGCAGAUAAAGAAGUUCACUUUCGGCCUCGACUGGGUUCCCAAAAAAUUUGAUGUUUCCAUUGAUAUGCCGGACCUGCUGGAUAUCAGCCAUCUCCGAGCCAGGGGGUUACAGCCGGGAGAGGAGGAGCUACCGGAUAUCAGUCCCCCCAUAGUCAUUCCUGAUGACUCCAAAGAUCGUUUGAUGAACCAACUCAUUGACCCUUCAGACAUUGACGAGUCAUCAGUGAUGCAGUUGGCGGAGAUGGGCUUCCCAUUAGAAGCGUGCCGAAAGGCUGUGUACUUCACUGGAAACAUGGGCGCCGAGGUGGCCUUCAACUGGAUCAUUGUCCACAUGGAAGAGCCAGAUUUUGCUGAACCGCUAACCAUACCUGGCUAUGGAGGAGCAGCUUCUGCUGGAGCUUCUGUGUUUGGCGCUGCUGGACUGGAUAACCAGCCUCCAGAGGAAGUCAUUGCUAUCAUCACCUCCAUGGGCUUCCCGCGGAACCAGGCUGUUCAGGCGUUGCGGGCCACGAACGGGAACCUGGAAAGAGCACUGGAUUGGAUCUUUAACCACCCCGAGUUUGAAGAGGAUGGUGAUUUUAUGAUCGAGAUGGAGAAUAACGCCAACGCAAACAUCAUUUCUGAGGCCAAGCCUGAAGGACCGAGAGUCAAGGAUGGUUCUGGAAUGUAUGAAUUAUUUGCAUUCAUCAGUCAUAUGGGAACAUCCACAAUGAGUGGCCAUUAUGUUUGCCAUAUCAAAAAGGAAGGAAGGUGGGUGAUCUACAAUGACCACAAAGUCUGUGCCUCAGAAAGGCCCCCCAAAGACCUGGGCUACAUGUACUUUUACCGCAGGAUACCAAGCUAAAUCUCAGACACACGAACCGGCGAGAAGAAGCCAUACGCCUUUUUAAUUUGAAAGAAAAGAAAAGAAAAGAAUUAAAAAGUUGGGACAGCAAAACAUGAAGGGAUAUGUGGGGGUAUUUAUCAUUUAUUUAAAGAACAUCAUUUGAUGCCUUCUGAAAUAGAACUGGGGAGAAAUUU